AUGCCAUCCUCACUGAGAAUGGCUUCCGGCCUCUUCCGCCAAGCCACCCGCAACUUGGCAGUCAUCGAAUCCACCACAUCGCGACCCAUCCUCUCUCUCCUCCGCAACACCUCCCAAUCACAAUGCCGGGCCUACACCCAAGCGCAGCGUCCUCGGUGCCAGAACAUCCAAUCUGCUCUUUCCGCGCGGAAUAGCUUCUCGACUACCGCUUUCCGAGCUCGCGCGAAGACCAUGGGCCAAAUGCGCCAGCGCAACUCCACCGGCCCGUUCUCGUGGAAGGCCGCGCUGCUGUUCGUGCUUACGGGCGCAGGCAUGGUGGUCUAUUUCCGUGUUGAGAAAGCACGUCUGGAGCGGAAGCGUAUCGCUGAGAUGAGCAAGGGUGUUGGCAAGCCUAAAGUUGGCGGUCCGUUUACUCUGGUGGAUCUGGACGGCAAGGAAUUCACCGCGGAGGAUUUGAAGGGGAAAUAUAGCUUUGUCUAUUUCGGUUUCACCCACUGCCCUGACAUCUGCCCCGACGAGCUGGAUAAGAUGGCCGAGAUCAUCGACAAAGUCCGCGAGGAGGCCAAGGACGACACGGUUUUCCUGCCCGUUUUCAUUACCUGCGACCCGGUCCGUGAUACCCCCGAAGUUCUGCGCGAGUAUUUGAAGGAAUUCCAUCCCGGCAUCGUGGGCUUGACUGGUACCUAUGAGCAGGUGAAGAAUGUCUGCCGCCAGUACCGCGUGUACUUUAGCACUCCCAAGGAUGUCAAGCCUGGCGAGGACUACCUGGUGGACCACAGCAUCUACUUCUAUCUGAUGGAUCCUGACAACGAUUUCGUUGAGUGCAUUGGUCGGCAGGAUACCCCCGAGUCUGCUACCAAGGUUAUUAUGGAGCACAUCAAUGACUGGAAGCGGGAGGGUAAGCCGAUGAAGACUGUUUAA